GCUCGAUACUUUCUAUCAUCGACUAAUAAUCGAAUAAUCAUCCAUUCAUCCAUUGUUUUUUAUUUUCCUUACUAUUAGUUUACAACAUAUAUAUAUAUAUAUAUAUAUAUAUAUACUUUCUUCUAAUUCAUGACAAUUUUCAAGAUAUGAUGAUUACCGUUAAUAGUUCAGUAGCAAGUAUAUUAGAAAGAAUCAUCUGCAAGAUAGAAAUAGAAACGAUUUCGUCGAAUAAAGAUAUUUCUCGAUUGGCAAUUAAACGAAAACUUGACGAUAUUGUAAUAUCGACUAAACAAAAUAAACGUGCAAGGUACGAAACGGAUGGUGACGGUGGCGGCGUUGAAGAAAUACAUUGCCGUAUAUGUUAUGAUUCUAGUAGCCAGCAAUUGCCCAUAGUUUAUCCAUGCAAAUGUAAGGGUACAAUGGGUGCUGUUCAUGUGAAAUGUUUAGAACGUUGGUUAGAGGAAAGCAAUCGAAAUAAUUGCGAAUUAUGCGGACACGUAUUUCAAGUCGAACGCACCCCACGUUACAAAGCUGUUACAUCCGUUAUUAUAUGGCUGUUCGUUAUUCAACAUCAGCGUCAAUUAUAUAUGCGCAAUUUGAGAACGGAUUUGCUUCGCUGUAUCAUUGUCACCCCAGCAACCAUAAUAUGUUCUUACAUUUGCAUCAUUGGUGCUGAUUUUUAUGCAGCGAAUAAUUAUAAUAAUUUUCCUCCAGCACGAUGGACCACUUAUUCUUUACUAGUAAUGAUGGCAUUACUUAUUUUUUCCUAUUUCCUCUGGAUAUACAUAGCAGUUGAAAAUCAUCAAAAAAUUUGGUUUUAUUGGUGGCAAAAAACAAGCGCUGUCAAAAUUACAUUGCCCUUGCCAAAUAGAACUUUAAUAAACUAUAAAUCUAACAUAUCGCAAGUUUGAUCAUUAUUCGAUGCUUCUUCACAAAUGCUUAUUUAUAUAUAUAUAUAUAUAUAUUUGCAUAUAUAUAGGAGAGUGAGGGGAGUUACUAUG